CAACUGUCAACAGAAAUUGAGAAAAUUUGGAACUCCGUAAGUCUCGUCGAAAAACCCCCUGAAAACUGCGAAAAUUGCAUGAAAAACCACAAUUACCGGAUAAACGGAUGCGACAACUCAUAAACUAACCGAGUAGCAAGUAGCAGCGACCACAACGAUAAACAAAACAAACACAAUUCAAGUACACAACCAUCGGGAGUUUUUUAAACAACAAGAAAAAAAAUCGAUAAGUAACUCAUUCGUCGUGCAGUUGUUUGAAUGUUUAGACCUAAAAAUAACGAGUGACAGUAAUUUUUGAACUAAAAAAAAAUAAAGUGAUAAAAAAUGGAAGAAGAUACGGAAUACAAGAAAUUGCCUGUUGAUGAGCGAUGCGUACACAAAUUAUGGAAGGCUCGCGUCGAUGGAUACGAAGAGGCAGCAAAACUUUUCCGCACAAUUGACGACGAAAAGGCGCCCGAAUGGAACAAAUAUCUCGGUUUGGUGAAGAAAUUCGUCGUCGACACAAAUGUCAUGGCACAGGAAAAGGGUCUCGAAGCCACAUUAAUUUUCGUUGAAAAUUGCGGAAACGCGGGAAAAACAGUUGGAGAAGUAAUUUCUGGGAUAAUUUUAAAAUGCAUGGGCUCUCCAAAAGCCAAAACAAAGGACUUGGCAGUCCAAAUUACCCUCAUGUACAUCGAGAUCGAGCGACACGAAACAGUUCUCGAAGAACUUCUCAAGGGCACAGACCAGAAAAACCCGAAAAUUGUCGCAACUUGCAUCUCGACAAUGACAACGGCGCUCCGUGAGUUCGGAACAAAAGUCGUAAAUGUCAAGCCGAUUGUCAAGAAACUCCAAACACUUCUUUCGGAUCGCGACAAAACCGUACGUGACGAAGCCAAGAGUCUCACAAUUGAAAUGUAUCGCUGGAUUGGCCCGGCAUUCAAGACACAAAUUGCCUCCUUGCCUCAAGUGAUGUUAACCGAGCUCGAAGGUGAAUUUGAAAAGGUUAAAAAUGAAAAAGCCGUCCCCACGCGUUAUUUGCGAUCGCAACAAGAAAAACAGGCGGCAAUUGCAGCACAAGCUGAAAAUGACGGCGAUGGUGAUGGCGAAGGAGGCGCUGAUGAAGCUGACGACGCUGAAGAAAUUGAUCCAAUGGAUUUAAUUGAUCCCGUCGACAUUUUAUCCAAACUCCCAAAAGACUUUUACGAGAAACUCGAGGCCAAAAAGUGGCAAGAACGCAAAGAAUCGCUCGAAGCACUCGAACCGUUAGUGGCAAAUCCGAAGCUACAAGCGGGGGAUUAUGGCGAUUUAGUGCGCGCCCUCAAAAAAGUCAUCACAAAAGACACAAAUGUCGUUUUGGUAGCGAUGGCGGGCAAAUGUCUCGCAUCUCUCGCCAAAGGACUUGCCAAGAAAUUCCAACCGUACGGCGUUUCGUGCGUGCAAGGCAUCCUCGAGAAGUUUAAGGAGAAAAAACCGAAUGUCGUUGCCGCUUUGCGAGAAGCCAUUGACGCCAUUUAUCCCUCAAUUUCGCUCGAAGUGAUACAAGAAGACCUCAUUGAAGCGCUCAACAACAAAAAUCCGGCGGUAAAAUCGGAAACAGCUUCUUUCAUUGCACGAAGUUUGACAAAAACGCAACCCUCGGUCUUGAGCAAGAAACUUUUAAAAGCUCUCGUGACGGCUUUAUUGAAAACUUUGAACGAAAGUGACCCCGUGGUACGUGAUUCAGCUGCCGAUGCUCUCGGAACUUUCUGUAAAUUGUGCGGUGACAAGGCAAUCGCGCCAUAUUUGACCGAAGUUGACGCCCUUAAACAAGCAAAAAUCAAGGAAUUCACUGAAAAAGCUGUCAUUACGGUAAAAAUUGUUGGAGCAAAGAAGGAGAGACCCGCAACUGCUCCUGCAAAGCCUCCUGCUGCUCCGAAAGGCGGAAGUACCGAACCAAAACCCGUAACUCGACCUCAAACGUCAGCUGUAGCGAAGAAACCUGCAGCGGGCAUCAAAAAAUCCGCGUCAAGUAACAAUAAUGCCGCAAAAACAUCCGCUGGAGGUGCCAAAGCUGCAUUACCGACGGAACGGGACAUGACUCCAGAAGAAGUUGAUGAGAAAGCUUCGGAAAUUUUGCCGCCUGAUGUGUGUUCGGGACUUGUAGAUUCCAAUUGGAAGACACGUUUGAGUGCUGUGGAGUCAUUCCAACAAGCAAUUACUGAAAUUGAAGCAGGUCAAGGUGUUUCACAGACCUUAAUUCGUACAAUGGCAAAGAAACCCGGAUUGAAAGACAAUAAUUUCCAAGUUUUGAAAAUUCGUUUGAUGAUCAUCCAACAAAUUUCGGAGAAAUUCGGGAUCACAACGACCUCCGCUGAGUACAUCAUCAACGAUAUUGCCGAAAAAUUGGGCGAUCCGAAAAAUAGUGCAGCAGCAGCGUUAGCAUUACAAGCCAUUGUCGACGGAAUCAAACUCGAAUGGGUCGUUUCUCGUGUCAUGUCGUUCGCUUUCGAGCAAAAAUCCCCAAAAGUCCAGCAAGAAAUCCUAAAUUGGGUGAAUCAAUCGAUCAAAGACUACGGUUUCCAAGUGAAUGCGAAGCAAUUAUUAGAUGACGUUCGCAAAGCUGUUCAAAGUGUGAAUCCAGCUGUGAGAUCGGCAGGCAUUGGAUUAGUUGGAACGAUGUAUUUGUACAUGGGAAAUACACUUACGAUGUUUUUCGACUCCGAAAAACCCGCAUUGAAGCAACAAAUAAUGCAAGAAUUCGAAAAGUAUGCGGGACAAAAGGCUCCUGCUCCAUCACGAGGCGUCUCGAAGAGCAGUAGCAAAGCAUCUUUCGGAAAUGACGACGAUGGCGCUGCUGAAGACGAAGCUGCUGACGAACCAGAACCCGUAAAUAUUGGCGACAUCAUUCCACGCGUCGAUAUUUCCGGUCAAAUAACGGAAGCACUCUUGAACGAGAUCUCCGACAAGAAUUGGAAGACCCGUAACGAAGGCUUGGACAAAGUUAAGUCGAUUAUUAGUGACGCAAAGUUGAUAAAAUCGAAUCUCGGUGACUUACCGCAAGCAUUAGCGCAACGCCUGAUGGACUCAAAUGCGAAAAUCGCCCAAACUGCAUUGGAAAUUGGACAACAAAUUGCCACAGCGAUGGGUCCUGCAUGCAAAAUUCACGUUACGACACUGUUUCCGGGAUUUUUCAAGUCUUUGGGAGACAGCAAGGCGUAUAUUCGUACGGCGGGCAUCACGUGCAUCAAUACUUGGUGCGAUCAAUGCGGCUACAAGGAAGUUUUUAGCGGCGAAAUGAUCGCAGAUGCCCUCAAAACGGGAAGUCCCGCAUUAAAAACCGAAUUAUGGGGAUGGCUUGCGGAAAAAUUGCCCAAUAUCCCGACAAAGACAAUUCAAAAGGAAGAAUUAAUCGCAACUUUGCCGUAUUUGUAUGCAUGUCUCAUCGAUCGGAGUGCGGAUGUGCGACGAAAUGCUGGCGAAGCUGUCUUGGGAAUUAUGAUCCAUAUUGGAUAUGAUGCCAUGAUGAAGGUGUGCGAAAAGCAAAAACCCGCAUCGAAAAAGGAUAUUCAAGCAGCUCUCGAUAAAGCUCGUCCCAAUUUGCCCGUCAAACCGUUGCCAAAGGGCAAGCAACAAGCUCCAAUUGUCGAAGAUGCGCCGAAAUCCAUCAAAACGGGCGUCGCUCGAGGACAAAAAGUUGUCGUUAGUAAGCCCGGCGCUGCUCCAACACGCGCCAAAAAGGAAGAAGAGGUCGAUUUGUCGCCGUUACUCGCAAUUAACAACACUAAAAGUCAACGUUUGCUCGACGAGCAAAAGCUAAAAGUGCUGAAAUGGUCAUUUACGACGCCACGUGAGGAAUUUAUCGACUUGCUGAAGGAUCAAAUGACGACAGCGAACGUUAAUAAGGGUCUCAUGGCAAAUAUGUUCCACGAGGACUUCCGUUACCACUUGAAAGUGAUUGAAUCUCUCAUCGACGACCUGAACGAAAAUAUUCGGGGAUUGGAAUGCAAUCUGGAUCUCGUGCUGAAAUGGAUUUCCUUGCGCUUUUACGACACAAAUCCGUCGGUACUUCUCAAGGGACUCGAAUACCUGAACCAAGCGUUCCAGAUUUUGGUCGAAAAUGGCUACAACAUGACCGAAAACGAGGGAAGUUGCUUCAUUCCGCAUCUUUUGACGAAAAUUGGCGAUCCGAAGGACGUUGUUCGUAACGGAGUUCACACUUUAUUGCGUGAAAUUUGUCUCGUUUAUCCACACACGAAAAUUUUCUCGUAUCUCAUGGAUGCGUUAAAGUCUAAAAAUGCUCGUCAACGCACCGAAUGCUUGGAUGAGCUUGGAUACUUGAUCGAACAAUACGGAAUCACAGUUUGUCAGCCAACGCCGCAGGCAGCUUUGAAGGAAAUUGCUAAAAAUAUCUCGGAUCGCGAUAAUUCCGUGAGAAAUGCGGCACUUAAUACGGUUGUGCAAGCGUAUUUCCUUGCGGGCGACAAAAUUUACAAGAUGAUCGGACAAAUUUCGGAAAAAGAUGCUUCGAUGUUGGAAGAACGGAUCAAGAGAACAAAGAGACCCGUGAAAAAAGUCGAACCGCCGCCACAACCGAAGGCGAUAGCUGUUGCUGUGCCGCAGCAGGAGCCCGAGGAGGAAAUGGAUGACAUGCCAGCUGACGAUGAAUUGCCGUCGGAAAGUGAUUUGCCGCCAACGAACACGAGCGAAAAUAUUGGUUCCGAGCUCAUUUCGCCGUCACAAAUUAAACCAGAGCCGGAAUUUACGAUAAAACAAGAGCCGAACAGCUUCGAAGAGAAACCCACGAUGAUGAAUUCUCCGUUGAGACCACGUCUGAGACCAACACUUGAACGUCAAACAACCUACGAGAUUCAACCUGCGCAACCCAUGCGUGUUACAGGACCUUUUGGACUCGAUCCGACAGUUAUCGAAGAUAUUGAACGCGAUUGGGUGAAAAGUCAUCAACUGAAGAAGACGGAAUUCAAACCAAUUGACAUGACAUUCAUGGAAAAACCACUAAAAACGGAUGAACGCUAUCCCAUUAGCAAAUUGGAGAAGUUGAUGUGCCAUUCGUCGCCUCAACGAACGCAAACGGGAGGCGCAGUAUAUAACAUGAGUCCGUUACAGGGAGCGCAAACUACGACAAUGAGACAUUUGCAGAUGCAAUCGCCGCAUCAGAGUCCAAAUGUGUCGCUUGAUCGAUCAAACACAAUCACCUUACCGCCCCGUAACGACCCAACAAUGACAAAAUUGAUCAACAAUAUUGCAAGUUCCGAUCCAACGUUGGCUCAAGCAGCGCUUAUUGAGAUGGGCGAUCUGCUGGAGAACAAAGAAAAGUCAAUUCUACUGAAGGACUUUGAAGUACAAUACAUUGACAGUAUUCUUUUGCAGUACAAGCAUUUAUCGAAAAGACCCGUUGCUGAGGCAUUAGCUUUGUAUCAACCGUUGCUCCAUAGCACGUACGCCUUCUUUUUGGCUCCGAAACUCGGUAAAAACUUGCCCAUCAACAGCAUCAAGCAAAUAAUGUCAGUUCUUCUUGGAUUAAUGGCUGAUAACAAACUCGAUGGCGUCGAUGAUCCCCAAUAUAUGAAAGUAAUUAACGGAAUUUGUCUCAAAGUGCUCGACGCGACGAACUUUACGAACCUUAAUUGUGCAUUGAUUCGCUUGCUAAAAGAAACCUGUUCCACGAGUGCCCUGCCAAAGUUCACGGAGCUUUUGAUGAAAUGCAUCUGGCGUAAUGUCAAAGUGUUGCCCGAACGCUUGGAUGAAUUAGAUUACGACGCCGUGCUGAGUGAGAUUAAUGAAUUUUUGAUAUUUUUGCCGAGUACUUGGUGGCAACAACGACCUUCAGAUACUCCUUUGAGAACAAUCCGAACGAUCAUUCACAACAUGACAAAAAUCAAAGGAAACGCAAUUUUGGUUCAUGUUCAAAAUAUCUCAGCAGCAAGUGAGUUGCAUCAAUAUGUGCUGAAAGUAUUGAAGAAAGAGGCACAAAGCGGUAAUUUGACAGAUAAUACAAACCCAAAUCCUGCACGCGAAAAGCGUCUUAGUCGUUCGAUUCAUGAACAAGUGACAAAUAUCUUCAAAUUAAUCUCUGACAAAGAAACUAGUCAAGAGGGACUCAGUCAACUAUACGACUUAAAGACAAAAAAUCCCGAAGUAGACAUUACGAGCUUACUCAAAGGUGCGAAUCCGACGUUCCAGAAGUUCAUUACCGAUGCACUUGCGGAAAUUGAACGCGAACGCACAGGAUGUGAUAAUAAAUCUGGCGGUGAUGUAACUCGUCCUGCAGCCCCGGAUCAAUGGAUGGAGCGAUUAAAUGCGUUAAAGCAAAAAGCAAACAUGGCAUCCAAAGGCCCUUCAGAACAAAUGACACAUGCAAUGGUCGACAACAAGAUUGCCGAUGAGAAUCUCAACAUGAAUCAAUUUCAAAAUGCAAAAGCAGCGGCUAAUCGGGCCCAUCCAAACGUCUCCGCAUCACGACUUAACCUACUACAGGAACAAUUGGCCAAACUAAAACAAGGAGGUCCAUCGUAAAAUGUUCGAAUCCAACAGUAAAACUUACAAUUAAUCGACCAACAAGUGUGUUUGUUCCUGCAAGAAGAAGCCUGAAAGAAAAAAAUGUACAACCUAACUAACUUUUUUUUGAUGAUAAUGAUGAAAAAUUCCCUGAAAUUGAAAAACAAAGAAAGAACAAAGCGACAAUUGAAUUGUUAUUUGAUUAGUACGUAAGCUAUUGUAAUGAUAAUUAUAUUAAUUAAAAAUUGAAGGUAAUUCACACGACACUCAUACACAAAAGAAACCCCCUCAUAUACCUACUGCUAAAUAUUCAUACUAUUUUUAAUAUCUACCUUUCCAAUACCUAAAUUAACUUAUACAAGAAAAAAAACAUAAAAAAUAUAUUGACCAGUGUGAUUAUUAUUCCAUUAAAAUAUAUCAUGAAAUUAAAAUAAACAUAAAAAUAUCAAAUUAUUGUCAAACAUCACGUUUUUAAUUGUUAUAUCAAACUUAGUUGUCACUUCUCGUUAAAAGACUAAAAAAAAUAUGUUCAUUUUUAAACUUUUUUAGCAAUCUCAUUUUGUGUACUGAACUGAAAAAUAUUAAAAAUUGUUAGUAAAAUUAUUAAUUAAAUAUUAAUGUUACACAAAAAACACUUUUAAAGCCAUUUUA